AUGUACUCCUGCGCCAACUACCCCCGUGGCUGCCGGGGUCGCGUCAACCGUCAGGGCGCAAAAUGCUCCGACUGCGUCACUUUGAACCUCCGUCGCCCAGCGUCCGCGUCGCCCUUUGCACAACCGCGCCACUACAAGCGCCAGCUCCCAUCGCAGCUCCUCGCCGACUUCUCAAAGGAAAGCCCCGAGCUGUAA